UCACAUUCUAAUUUAAAUGUUUAUUUUAAAAGCAGAAGAAAUAUUAGCUGUCAUAUCAAAUUAGUAGUACGACUACGACUAAGUUAACAUUUUUAUUUAAACUCGUAAGUUUUCGCCACACUAUCCAAAGACAUCAGAAGAAUAUGGAAUCAACAACAUCAGCUAAAAACCAGCCCUGUGUUGAAACAGGCAAGAGUAAACCCUCUCAGAUCCCAAGAGCUCUUAGUUUAAUCAGAAAAGGGAUGGCUUUUAUGCAGCAUCGGAGUAGCCCAAAACCCAACCAAGGGAAGCAACACAGCUGUAAACUUGGUAAGGUCUGUUUCGUCCAAAGAAGUGGGAGCAAAACCAGGAUAGCCAAACAGCCUAGUAGCCCAAGCUUUGGCAAGCAAGAUAACAAACCUUCUAAAUCAACCAAGACACCAAAAGCAGUAAAACCAGUCAGCAACAACAAAAAACUUAACUCUGCAGACCAUCACCAUAUUCAUAUUCUACUAAAACCAACGCAACAGUCGCGGAUUCCUGUAAGGAGAUGCCAAUCUGUCAACUUAAUCGUUGAAAGAAUAGCUUUGCUUGAAUCAGAAGAAGUGGAACUAGAGGAACGGCUGCGAAUCGUCAGAAAUCAGCUAGAAAAUUUGAAGUUUCUGAGAACCAACCAGACUUUUAUUGAUAGGAUGAAUCAAACAAGUAACCAGAAGAUGUCGAAGAUUGAAGAAGAGCCUUCCGUCUCACCAUCAAGCGCUUACCUAAGGCCUUUAAGACCUCGGGUUUUCUCAGUCAACGAUGAUAUCCAAAGCAGCCCUUGAUUUUCUUUUUGCCUUUGCUGAUUUCUGUUCUGUGUAACCAUAGCUCCAUGUUUUACUCGUUGAUAUAUGUGUACAGUGGCUUAAUUCUGCACAAAGCUUUUAAUCUAUAUUACGUUCAUAUUGAUAUUAAAUACGCUAAUACAUUUUAUGGUGUUUGUAAAA